UUUAGCCACUUUUGAAAUUCUGAUAGCACAUUAUCUGCGCGAGAUAAAUAAUUUUCCAAUUACAAAUCCACACGUAUUUGGACUCCUGAUAAGGCAGUCCUACCGAUAUGUUUACUAGUUUAUCACUAGGUGCCAAGCGAAGUGAAAAUGGCUGACCAAGAACACUUAGAUUUCCCGACAGAAGAUGGACCAUCUUUGGGCACGGUGAUCAGCGAAAAGUUAACCGAGUCCAUAGCAAAUAUGGAUCUAUUGAAUACGCUACAAAAAAUGGUAGCAGUAGAACCGGGUGAUGAAGAAUCGGAGGUCAUAAGGGAUAAGUUAAGAGGAGUUUUAGCUCAGUUCAAGGAUAUGACUGACGAUGAUAAGGCAGAGUUUGCUAAGAAGAUUAAAGAAGGUCUUGCUAGUAAAUUGAGUAUGAGGCUCAAGAAUAAUGAGAUGUUGGCUGGAGUUGAGGAUGCGAUCAGAGAAGCUGUGAUGACUAAGCUUUAUAUGGUGGCUGCGGCUGCGUUCGUCAUUCUAGUUUUAAUUGUAUUCUUCGGCUACAAACUUUACAAAUCGAUAAAGGAAAAGGAAAAGAAACGCGAGGAAAAGAAAAAAGCUAAGCAGAUGAAGAAAAAGAAAUGAUUUGACCCUAAGGAAAACUGGAGCGAGGCAACACUGAGUUGUGUAUGGGGAAUUAUGUAAAUAUUUAGUAAAUAUUUUUUUUUGAAAAUUCUUGCCAAAUCGGUCUAAUAAUGAAGGAAAUUUUAUUUAUUUUAUGUAAGUACGGUAAAAAUUUGCUCUUUUAGCUGUGCGUAGUACAUUUUUUAAUAAAAAAAUCUAUUAAUAAUUAAUACCAAUAUCCAAUGGUGUAAAUUACAGUUUUUAUCAUUAGUAUUUAAUGAUAUAUACUCUAAAUUAAAAAAAAAAUAUGUUUAGUUAAAUAUUACUAAAUAAACAUUUUUUUUAAAUAAGCCAAAAAUUGAAUUUAAGUACUUGAAAUCAAAAUACGUAAUUUUCCAAACACAACUUUAAAUCGACUGAUUAAAAACUAUUUAAGAUUAAA